AUGGUGAAUACUGAAGAGCUUAUGGCUCGAAUGGAGGCAGAAUAUUGUCCUCCACUCGAUAAUAGUACAUUUCGUGCAAUAAUUACAGACUUCGAUCUUUCCGAUGAAGAACAAGUCCAGACUGCGCGCAUGAUAUUGGAUAUGAUACGUCAAGACGCAGAAGUUGAGGAAGCCACUGGCUUUGAUCCCAGUGGAAACAGCGGGGGAAUCUAUACAAACGGAGGGGAAACUUCAGCAGAGCAGAAUAUCCAGAGUGGGAAUGGGAGAAAUGAAGAUGGGAGCGCAAGUAAUAAAAGUGUUCCUGAGUGGAGUAGUACGACAGAUGAUACCUCUUUGAGUCAAGAAAUGUCUUCUCUGGAUCUUUUAGAAGGAUGGGAGUUUUCAGGGAGUGAGGAUGGGAGGAGUGGGAGGAGUGGGGUCGAUAAUGGGAAUGGUUUCACUGAUGCCUUGGAGGCAAUGGAUGUGAACAGUCAAGAGGCCUUUUUACUUGGGACUUUUCCGAUCUUGAAGCCCUUUGAUGUUAAAUUCUCGCUCAAAAAAUCUAAAGGAGAUAUCAAUUUGGCAAUUGAGGACUUGCUCACUCAAUCUUUCCUCGAGGAAACAGGAUCAAGGAGACGUGGUAUUGAAGCUUUCUCUGAAAGUUCUACAACUUCUAAACCACGCAAACACAAAGGAAAGAACAAAGGUCGAAGGACUGAAGAUACCGAUAGUAGCACCAUUACAGAUGAUUCUCCCCUUGCUGUCGAAGCGAGUAAAUGGGAGACAGGGAGAAGGGAUGUCGACUUGAUAUGUACCAGGACCGGCUUCCCAAUGCAGCAAGUCAGUUCAAUUUACCACAAUAAUGGAGCAUCAAUUCGAGCAACCAUUCUGUCAAUUAUCGAAAAUUACCCUCCCAUCGAUACGGAAUCUAAAGACCCAGUCAUCGAAAUCCAUGCCAUGGAACUCGGUCGAGACUUCCCUUCAAUCAAACGAACUCAUUUGACAAUCCUCACACAAAUCACUCAUCCGUUUACCGCCAAUGCUUACGAUUUGGCAAAAGCACUUACAUCGACACCCACCUCCAAACCAGGCAAACCCAAUAUUCAAAUCGAAAUCCGCCACACACCUUUAAAUCUCGAUUCCUCACCCACUAUUUCCUCCCCUUCCAAACAAUAUUCCCUAAACGCCAUCUACCCAACCUAUUCCAUCUCUUCGAAAUCAAACACACCAAUUUCCCCCUCCACAGACGCAAGUCCUUACCUCAAUGCCCGCAACACCGCUUUCCAAAAAGCAUCCUCCGCAUACAAGAAAUCCCGAUCCGAUCAUCUCAUGGGCGGCGCAGCAGCCUAUUACGCCCAAGAAGGACGAGACGCCAAUGUGCGCGUAAAAGACGCCGAGAGCGCUGCAGCAGAUGAGUUAGCAAGAGGACAGUGCUGGAGCGGAGGUAUUGAUUUACACGGACUAGGUGUUCGUGAUGCGGUGAGGAUUGCAAGGGAGAGGGUCACAGGAUGGUGGGUUUCGGAAGAACAAAGAAGAGCGGGCGGUGGAUAUGUUAGGGCGGGGCCUGGGGAAGGCUAUAAAAUUGUAACGGGAGUCGGAUAUCAUAGUGAGGGGGGCAGGGGAAAAUUGGGACCGGCGGUAGCCAGAAUGCUGAUCAAAGAGGGUUGGAAAGUACAGGUAGGCGGUGGAGCGCUGAUGGUUACUGGGGUGGUGAGGAAGUGA